AUGAAUGGAAAUUUGGAAACACAUGAGGUUAGUUGGUUGCAACUGCGCUUUACCGUAAUUUUUCUUUAUUUGUCUGAGACCUCUUAAAAUCAUAGAUAGAUUCUCCACAGUGUGUAAUUUAUUUAUUUAUUUAUUUAUUUAUUUACGAUGAGAGGAAAAGUACAUCGUGAAAAAAAAGGUGAUAAAAUGUAAUUCACUAUCCAAAUCGCUAAACCUCAAAAUUUUCAAAAAAAAAAUUCAGGGUAGAUCAAAAAUAUUUUACUAUUCCUCUGUUUUCUCUGGUUUCUCUCAAAAUUGCAUUCUCUCUAUCUCUCCUCUCUUUUUCCAUCUCCAAAAUCACUUUUUUUUCUUGACCCAUGAUAAAACAACAAACUCAUCCACAAUAAAACCAAGUGAUUUAUCUUUUUGCCACCGACCAAAACUUUUUUGAUUUUCUUUCUUCCAUCAAGAAAGAAAGCACAUGUGGUUUCUAUCUGAAACAUUUUCAUUUUCUUCUUUUUUCACUCAUCUCUUUUUUUUCUUCUUCCAACCACCUAAUUUAUUAUUUUUUUGUUUUGAACUUCCUGAAUCACAGAACUGAACUUAAUUUCAAAAAUAAAAUUCAGAAAUUUCAGAUGCCGAGCGACGAUGCAUACAGCGAUUAUUUUUGGGAUUAUAAAUCAAGUUAGUUUAUUUUUUAUUUAGGGGUCCCACUUUUUUGUUUAGGUUAUUAGGGUUUGUGACACUUUUAUGGCUUAGGAUGAUGAGAGAUAAUAAGUUUGUUUAGGAUUAUAAACGGGGGAAGAAAAAUAUCUGAAGGAUGUCAUUUUGUGUCAAGUUGUUUGUUUUGACCUUUUUUGUUUUGGUUGGGUCUACUACUGUGUAGAAAAGAAAAUAAGGAAACGUCAAAAAAGGCCACCCAGAAUACAAUGAUUUUUUGUAUUAGAAAUACCAGAAUGCAAUAAUUCAAGAAUACAACAUUUUGUUGUUCAGCCAAAAUUUCAACAAUUCUGUGUUUCUUUUUUUGAGAAAAAAUGAAUAUUCAUAGAAAACAAGUCAAACUUUAUAAAAAUCGAGGGAAAUCAAGCCGAAAAACCCAUAAUCAUAGUUUUUUGGUGUUUGGGGAAAAGUUUUCUAGGUUUUUCUUCUUGCAAUCUCUAUUCUCGUUAAUUUGCUACUUUUUGCUGCAAAGAUUGUGAAAUUUCGUUAAGUACGAACGAUUUUAGCUUUUUUUGUGAAAAAACGAAAAAUGGUUUUUGGGUUUGCAAAAAAAUUCACAAACCGUCGUGUUGUUUGGCGUCUCUCUUACGCGUUUCUAUCUCUCAUUUUUUCUCUUUUUGUCCUCGUCUCUUCUACACACAACACUCUCUCGUUUAUUUUUUCAAUUUGGUUUUUUUUUCCGUGAAAUCAGGAAAUUUCACGAUUUUCAUCGAGAACAUCAUAUAUGAGAAAAUAGAGAAACACAAGGAAAAGACAGAAAAAUAAAAAUAGGAAUGUGGAACUUAAGAUUAAAAGUUAUUUUUUUCGAAAAAACUGAAACUGAUGUUUCAGAAUUUUGAGCAAUUAUAACUUUGAUACUAUGGUCUGCUUUUUUCCUAAUAUUAUUUUCCUCGCAAUUAUUUCAGACUGAUAUUCUGAAAACAUAAAAAUCCAACAAAGUUUGGAAUUUCUGAUCCACAGUAUAUUUCUACACACAUUUUCCUUCCCACUUUUGAUAAACUCUUGAAGUUCUGUGCCGACAGAAAUCUCAAAGGUUUCCCCAAUUUUUACAAAUCUGCUAAUCCCUCACCGCCAAAACUCAUUCUUUCCCCGCUACCAGACAUCCAUUUUCUUUGGGUGUCAAAUUAUCUUCCACCAUUUUUGGUGUCAAAAAGUUUAUGGUGCUAAAACCAAAUAUUGACUGUUUUAAUUAAAUUCCCGCUGGGAAGAAAGAGAUGUACGCAGUCAAAUAGACACAUUAGAUACUCAGUUGACUAAACCAAAAAAUUAUGGAACCCACUAUUUUCCGGCUCAUUGCGAAUAGAGAAGAAUUUAUGUUUUCGACAGUAUGACGCCAGAUUUUUUUUUCAAACAAAAAAAAUUUAUGAAUAUCUAAUUUCGACAUUUUUUGGAAGCAGAUGGCGGCUUCGAGAUUGACUGCGUACAUACAUUAGAUACUCAUCCAAGUUUUCCCUCAUCGAAUUCUGAAUAUAAAAAUUAGCUGUGUAUCACAUUAAAUACUCAGCUAUCAAUCAAUCAACUUGUGCUUUUCGGUCACCUUUUGUUAUUCUAACUAACUGGUUGUUUUUUUCUUUGUGUGUAACAUUUUUGUUUCCCGCGCGGCUUUUCUUCUUUUAUUUCCUUCGGACACAAAAAAAAACCAAAAAUAACUUUGAUUUUUUAUCGAUUUUCUUAUUUUUCUGCCGGCAAUAUUUAAAGAAAAAUCCACCCACCUUUUCACACUUCAUUUUUGAAAAGUGAUAAUUUUUCAAAAUAAUUUUUUUAAAGCUGUCAGAAAUUUUUUGACGAGCCGAGCUGUGUAAAAUAAUGCAUGCCAUUCCAACAAUAUAAUAAGAACAUAUGUCAUCAGUAAUAUGAGCAAUGUAAUUAUUUUUUUAGUAUGAUUUGGGGGAGACAAUAAAUCUCUUUUUUUGGUCCAUUUUACAGCUGGCGAGAUUAUUGUUGCGUUUUUUUCGAGAGAAAAAACGUUGAGGUACUGUUGAAGAUUUGAGUAACUCUAGGUUUUCAAAUGUACAGUACUUAAACAUAUUUGCAGAUAAUUUUGGUUACAGUAGAUCCUCAGAAAAUUAAAUCGCUGAUCAAAAGAUCACAUCUUAUUUGAGAGGUACUGUAGGUUGAAAUAUUCUGGAUUUAAUUAAGAUAGCUGUGAAUGUUCGUUUUCUAAAUGCCAUUUUUUGAACCUGGCUGCUGAAAUUUGAAGGUAGAUCAGAAAAUUCAAAUUUUACUCCAACCUACAGUAAUCGUCAAUUUAUCAAAAGUGCACAGAAUUUUGUUUUAUUUUCCCAUCUUCUUCAUUUUUUCUAUUUACUUGUUUUUUUCCUCCUUCACAUUCAUAACCAUGCAAAAAUCUAGUAGUAAAAACCAAAUAAAAGUGUCAAAUAAAAAAUGAGCUAUGUUUUCUCUCCGUUUUUUUCCUCAUUGACGAGUCAUUAAACCAUUCGUUCUUCGGUAGUUUGUUUCAAGGUUGACUGUUUUUAAAUAGAAAAAAUAGAAGAAGGUAAGAUGCGGGUAUUCGGCAUCGAACUCUUGAUCAGAGCUUGUUAAUAGGCUGGAGUUUUACCACUUGACUACGUGGCACAAAUUUCACGUGAAGUGAAGAACCUUUUUGUUUUUUCCCAUUUUUAUUCAUUUCCAAAAAAUUCUCUAACCUUGAGAGGUAAAAAUGAAAUGUAUCAAAAUGACAUGGUUUGUUGUUUAGACCAUCUGUCGAAAAGCUAACAUUUGUUCAAUUUUUUUCGGAUUCCCCAAAUCUAGUCGUUUUCAUCUCUUCAAACAACACAAAAGGUUAUUAGGCUUUUUAUUGGCGUAACUAAUUGCUGUCAUUAGAAAAUACUUUUUUUCUUCCCAUUUUCCCUCGUUUUUUUCCUUUGUCGGUCGGAAUUUUUCCCUGAACAUGAACAUAAUUGAUUAGAAUUCUUUAUAUUAUAUAUAUAACACAAAAAAAAUAUAUUGCUCCCAAAAAACUACUAGUAGUGUGUUUUUUUUUAUUUACACAAAAAUGUGUCACUUUUUUGUCGUUGGUGCUGGCCUAAUUUGUUUAUUUGAUUUCGUCUUUUAGUCAGUUUCCCCCUCCUGAACAAGUUUUUGGUGAACUUUUGGGAAGUGGAAGGUUUUGAUAUUCGAGAUUUGGGCUGUUCAAAAUUUAAAACGAGUAUUGAAAGAAUCAGAAUUUCUGAAUAAUUGAAAGAAAAUUAGGAGGCAUAGGGACUCGAAUCCUGGUCUUGAACUCAAGAAGCAGAGCAGUAAUCUCCCUUUCUGGAAAAAACAAUGUUAGGAGGUAGCCGAUGUCGAACCUUCGACUUGAGCUCAGAAAUCUGUGAACUACCCACUUACACUACGCGUCCUUCUCUGCACGCAUUUUCAAAUUUCCUUGUUUUCAAAACAUGAUUUUUCUGCGGACCACUAUACAUUAUUUUUUUGUUCCGAAGAGCUUUUCGAAAAUAAUCCCGUUUUUCACUCCCUUAUCUUGAUUUCCAAUCUUUUUCCCCUUUUUGCUCUUUUCUAUCUUUUUUACGAAAUAAAAAUAAACAAUAAAAGUACUUACAUGAACUCUUGGGACAUUUUUUAUUGGGUUGAACCCAAUUUAGUGUUUUACUAAAAUUCUUAAGAACGAAAUUUGUUUUUUUUCUUUAUUUUGUUAAGAAAGAAAAGAUGAAACAAUUUUGCCGCCUUUUGUUUUUUUUUGCUGUGAGAAUAAAGGCUACAGAUGUCGUUAAAUAAAAACCUCAUUUUUUCACUGGGUUCCUUCGUUUCCGAUUUUUUUGAGGAGGAGUAUAGAUUUCGGUUUUUUGGGUGAUUUUUUGUUAGCAGGUGGUGAUGGGUUCUGGAAUGGUACGGUUUCGGUGACAUCUGCGAAAUUUUUUUUUGAUUUUGGUGCCACGAAAAUUUUUGAUCUGAGGUUAUUCGGUUAUACAAAAUCGGACAUUUUUUGAAUUUUCGCCACGUGGCAAUACUUUUUCAGCAUCAGAAAUUUUGAAUUUGAACUUAUUUUUAGAAACAGUUUGAAUCUAAUCAUUCUGGCGCCUUUGAGAAAUAAUUUGAAAAAGUAAUUUAAUAUCGGAACCGGAUUGAAUAUUGUUUUAAAAUUUCCCAGGAAAAAAAAUUUUUUGGCCUACCCAGAAAUUUACAAAUAAAAAGUUCUACAGUAAUCCCUCUUGAAACUGUACUUUUUUAAAACUAUCCAUUUUUUUUUCAAAAAAAAAGUUCCUCGAAAAAUUUGCAUAAUCCAAGUUGUUGUUUGUUGUGUUCCUUCUUUUUUCCUGUUUUUUUUUGUCAAAAAGUCAAAAAAAAAUUGUGGGCGGGGUUUCGAAGCUCCGCCCACUUUUUAUUGGCUCUUCUUUCUUUUCUCUUGUCUUUUUUCUGCUUCUUUUUGAUGAUUUUUUGAUUUUGGUUAGAAACAGAUAAAACUUUUUAUUGAUUUUAAGAUUUGAAAAUUUGAAAAUUCCUUUUGAAAAUAUGUUGUUAUUGUUUUUUUUUGUUAAAAUUCGAAGAUCUCUCGACGUUUCUCUGCAAUAAAAAGUUUACUGAUAAAUCUAGUGAAAUCUUCUGACCAUAAUUUACACAGUAGCCCGGGCUACUGUAGAUUUACUAUGAUUACAGUAAUUAUUUCUCGUACCACGUUCUUCUACAGUAGUCCUCAUUACUCUACAGUAUUCAUAUUUUUUACAGUAAUGGACGAAAUAUCAAUAAGCGAACAUCCGAAAUCAGGCUACGUGGUCCGUCAAAAACCACAUCGAUUAACAUGCCGUGCACAAAACGCCAAAAAGAUACGAUUCAAAUGUGCCGAAAAAUGGGUGAGUCACGGGGGUUUUGGGGUUUUUUGUCUCCAACAGAUAGAUAUGACUAAUUUACAAUUGUGACCCCUGGGAAAAUAUAUUUGAUUUUUUCUCAAAGCUUGUCCAAAAUAACUACACACAUACUAUUUUAUCAACACUUUCCCAAGAGUAGUUUUCAAAAAUAAUAACAAUAAUAUUUGAUUAUCGGAUUAUUUUUUGGUUGGUGCAAAAAUCUUCAUUUCUUCAUUUUCUCGCUAAUUAUUCCUCUUCUCGGUCUCUCUAUUAAUUUUUACCGCGCACACAAAUUAUGAAGACAGGAAAUUGUAGUUAUUGUUUGAGGGGCGGGAAACGGGAAAAGGAAGAGAGACAUAAGAAAACACUUAAAAUUGUUGGGAGGCGGUGAAUAAUUAGGAAUACCGAAAUAAUAGGAAGAAUAAGAAAGAUGAAUAAGAAAAAGACCUUGGCUCUCAAGUGUUUUUUGUUUGAGAUUUUUAGAUGAUCUACAGGUUUCCGGGAUAAAAAAGUUUGGAAAAAUAAGUGAGGGGAAAUUAUAAUUGUAUGUUUUAAUUCUGGGAUAAGUUAAAUAAGUUAUCGAAAAUAAUUAUAUCUGAUUGUGAAAAGGUUUGAAAAUUAUUUUUUUUUGUGUUUGGCUAAGAAUCUUGCAAGCCUAGCUUUUACUCAAUAUAACUUUUUUGUUUAUUUACAAAACACAUCUGACACAUUAUCCCAUCACUUUUCAAGACUUUUUUUUGUUAUUUUCUAUUUUGAUGAGCUGAUGACAGCCAGAUGUUUGUGAUAGAUACGCAAAAAUAAAUAAAUAUAUUGAGAUGAACACAGAAAAAGAGGAUUUUCGGGUUAAUCGAAAGUAUUAAUUUGUCAAAAAAGUUUCACUUUUCCACUUUUUUAUUGAAAAGAGAAUAGAAAAAGAGACAAAUUUACAUAUUUUCUUUGGUUCACAGCGUUUUUAUUUUUAUUUUAUUUUAUUAUAUUUUAACCAGAUGCGCGGUGAAACCUUAUAUUUUUUAGUUUAGUUUGGUUUUAUUGAUAAAAGUAAUAAAACAUCUAGCAUACAUGUUUUUUUUCUCAAAAAAUAAUUUUGGUUGUUUGCAGAUCGACGAUUCACGUAUCGAAUCUACGAGUUCAAAUUCAAACAUCGAAGCAAAUUUGAAUAUUUCGAAGAUCGACGUUGAAACUUCGGAAAAGGGGAUUUUCUCGUGUCAGUGUUACGCUUCGGCAGACGGAGAUCAAGAAGUUGCGGCAUCGGAAGAAGCUGUUGUGCAAGUUGCAUGUGAGUUUGAUAAGGGAUGGGGGUUCUGAAGUUUUGGAAAAUGAGGAGAUAUUGAAGCUGGAACUUUUUGAAGGAUAGAUUUUUGGUGUCUUAGGUGAAAUAAUUUGGAAUGAUGUUUGAAGUUUCAAAAGAACUAGGAUUUGGUGAACCUUUGAGGUUCUCAAAAUUUUAUGACCAUUUUUUGAAAUACACAUUUUUGACUCAGAUCUAGAGAUCUAUUACCUUUUUCAGUUUUUUUUUGAUAUUCAGACCUCAAAUUUUGCCGAAUUUUUGUUUCACGAUUUUUGCUAGACAAUUUCAACCUAAUACUAACAAUAAGUACAGUACCCUCUUGAUUAUUCCCUUGGCACCAAAAACUUCCACAUCUUUUCUUGUCACAUCAGAAAUUUUUUUUUGAAAAACAAAUGAGUGUUUCAUAACUUUCUUGACAUUUUUUUGUCAAACAACGGAAUUUCGAAAUAUUUUUAAACAAAGAAAGAGAUUGAUGAGUUGGAUUUGGGGUACUGUACUUUUAAGAGUUUUGGAGACAAAAAUGGGGAUUUUCCGAAAAAUUAUAAGUUUUCACACUUUCAUUAGCUACAGUAUAUUUUUCUGGCAAGUCAUAAAUCUAUCGAUAAAAUCAACAAUAUUUGACACGAGUAUUAGAUAUAACAAAAUUGUAAACCUAUAAAAAGAUGAGAUAAAUAUAAAUAUAUUCGAUUUGACCUGUUCUUUUCUCUUCCUUUCCUUCUUUCUUUUUCUUCCCACCUGAUUAAUGUAGUUUUCUCUAAACUCUCUAAAAUUCUCAUACUCUCUCUUACUUUUCUGGGAAGCAAAGAUAACUUUUUGGUGGCUCGCUGGGUGUGAUUUAUUUUAUUUUAUUUUGUGUGUGUUAUUUUGACAACUGUCGUACCUCCCAACUUUAUACGUUUCAAAAAUUUUAUUUAGUUUUGAUCAAAAAAAAUUUUGGUAUAAUUUUUUAAACAAAAAAAAAACAUUAUUACUAAUACCAGCUAAUUUUUGUUCUUUUUGUUUAUUUUUUUUGGUAUUCAAAAAUAUUUUUGUAUAGUUUUUGAAAAAUGUUCUUUUAGUGCCAACACAUCUAGGGUCUCAAUUUUUUAUUUUAUAACAGCAUAUCAUUUUUGACUCAUAGAUCUUCAGAGCUUGUGCGUCAAACAGCCGAGUCUAGAAAACUUAGUUUUCAGAUAGCCGCGCCUAGAGAACCUGAUUACCUAGAUUCCGCAUCUAUAGAUCCACUCUGGUGCCAACUUGUGUUUAUAUUUAAAAUGUUCUCAAUGGACCUAAAAUUAACCCGAUAUUCAACAAUUUCCGUGUUUCCGUCAAAUGAAAUAAAUAUUAUUUGUCUCCGUGAGAAACCAAAGUGAACAUCUCAAAUUUCAAAAUAAUCCCAUCUUACUCUAAUAAAUUCUUUGAAUUUCUUAUUUCUCCUCAAAAAUGUCAACUUUGUUCUCUUGGGACCUUUUUGAACAUAUCAAUUGCGCAAUCUUUUAUGGGUAUUUCUUGGGUGUUUUUGUUGGAUGGACACUGGAUACCAGAAUGAAAAAUUGGAGAAAAGAUGUUAUCGGAAUGUUUUUUCGUGGACUCUUACUAGUAUUUGUUUUGUUGUUAGAUAAUAUUUGAUACUAGAAAAAAAGGGCAGAAAAAUGAUUGAUGAUUUGAAGGUUCUGUGGGAGAACUUUUUUUUUUGAUUAUUUUAAAAAGAAGAUUUUUUUGUAUUUUUUGAAGAAAUUUUUGGGAAUUUUUUGAAGGUUUCAUGAAACACUUAUUUAAUAGAAUUCCAAAAAACACCAUCUAUCAGAAUUAGAGCUUGUGCAAAUAAAUUAUCCCGAAUUUCGUAGAUCAGUUCAAAAUGUGCAUCAAAUUUUUCCCACCUUCAGAUCCAAGCUCCGCCCAUUUUUCACGGCAAACUCCACCCUCUCCCAUCUAUUUUUAUUUAUUUUCUGAACAGUAGCGCUCGCGCGCUGCGCUCACACCAAGAAUUAAGCCCCGCCCACAUUUUUUGGGUGUUCUUCUUUAGAUAUUCCCUUCCUCCUUUUUUUCUUCUUUUUUUGUCUAUUGCUUCCCAUUUGUUGUUCUCGCCCAAUUUUUCACAUUUAAUCGUUUUGAAAGCUCGGAAAAUUCCAAUUUACUUGGCAUUUUUUUGUGGCCCAAAACCACGUGAAUUGGAGUUUGUAUAGAUUGGAGCGGGGAUGAGUUUUGUAUGUUUUUAAUUCACGAAAAUUUGAACUUAUUUCAUUGAUUUUUUUGCUGAAAUUCUGAACUUUCUCAAGAUUUUUCUCAUUCUCACUCAAUUAUUUGUAUAGAUUCCGAUCUUAGUUUUCAAAAAUUAUUAAAUUUUUCGGCCUUCAAAACCGGCAAAAACUCACAUAUUUUUCUGCUAGAAGAUAUUUCUGAACCUGAUACUUUCAAAUUCAAAUUUUCUUUCGCGUUCAAGUUUUUCAAGUAUUUAUUUUUCUCUUCCUCCACACUUACUCAAACACAUAUUUUGAUUGUUAUGAAUAUAUAAUAAUUGUGUCAAAAAUGUUCUUGCGCAUGUAAAUACUAUACAAAUUUAUGUAUGAGUAAACAAUUUUCCCAAUAUGUUGACUUUUCUAGAGAGUAAUUUGAUAUUUUUGGCCCCCGCCACCCAGAAAAAUCCAGGUUUCUUCUCCUUUUUUGCAUGUGCUAUUUUUGAUGAGCUGAAACGAAAAAAUAAGCAAAAAAAACUUGUCAAGAAUCUCACACUUACUGAAUUUUUAAUGAGAGCAAGCAAUGUGAGAAGAUUUUUUUGUGUAACAUGAAAAAAUUGUCGUGUUUUUUUAGUUUCAUUUUUUAUUUUAUUAUUUUUACAAUUUUUACAUCUUUAAUACUGAAGUUGACGCUGAAUGUUCAAUUCUAGGUUUUGAAGUUUAUCAGAGCCGCUCCUUGAGAACUUCUAUGACAAGGAGCUGAGCCUAUGAAAUUCAAUUGUUAAGGAUCAGCGCCUAGAGAGCCUAGUCGUAAAGUGGCAGCGCCUAGACAUUUUUUUACUCUAAGAAUUCCAGUUUGGUUGUUUUUUGAAGUCCCCAAUUUUCUCUCCCCAAAAUUUUGUCGAAAAGUCAAUCCGUAACAUAAAUAUAAUAUUCGAAAAUAAUCUGUAUAAACAUAUAAAUAUAUAUCAAAAUAAAUAUGUGACUUUUAGGGUCAAUAUUAUUAUUAUUAGUUAGGCUAACUAGAUAUCGAGGCAGACAGGCAAACCUUGAAAGAAAAUGUGCCGACAAUUUUUUUCGACUGUUGCAUAAAAUAAAUGUGUAUGCGUAUGUACAAAUAUAUCGUAUAUCAUUUUGGAAAAUUUCUUUUUGUUGCGCGGCACGACUAUUUUAUGGUUUUAUGGGCCUUUAUUUUUUGGCGCCAAAUUUUGUACAAAAAAUUAGAGUUUUACAUUUGAGUUCUGAAUAGUUUUCCAAAUUUUAGAUUUUUGGAAACUAUUAUUAACAUUUGAGACUUCGGAACUUUCUACGAUUUUAUUUUGUUGAAACUUGAAUUUAAAAGUUUUUCAUUAGCCCAUUUACAUAUAUUUCCCGCGAAAUUUUGUAAACUUCCCAAAAUUCAGGUAAUUAAUUUCAAUUAUUUAUAAAUCCCCCCAAAAUCGCAUAAUAAUUAUAUAAUUAGUCUAAAUUUCCUUUUUCCCCAAAACUUUGUUGACCCAAAUCAAAUUCAAACAAAAAUAGUACAACUUUUUCUCUUUUCUUUCUGAUUGCCUUCAGCUUUUUGAAUUCAUCAAUUUGGUUAGGUUUUCAAGUACCCCAACUGGCUUCCCCUACCCACUAAGAAUUUGGUGGCUAAUUGGUGAAUUUUGUUGAUGCUGGUGCACAAUUGCGCAACAAGUUAAAUUUUGAGAGAGAAUUUAGUUUAUUUUGGUGGGGGAUUGGAAGAAUUUAGAUUUGAUUUACAGUUGAAGAAGAUUUUGUAAUUGGUGGAUAUUUUGGUUUUGGUGGAGAAUCAAAGUGUAAUUUUGUUGAUUUCUUAAUUUGAUGAGCUUCAAUACCACGCCAAAAAUAAUAAUUAUAUUUUAUUUUUGGCGUGGUAUUGAAGAUUAAGAGGUUUUGAAGGUUUCGAAAUCCACGUGAAAACCUUGAAUCUCGAAAAAUUUCAAAAGUUCCAAAGAAAACCAAAAUCAUAAAUCAUUUUUGAAACUUAUGUUUAGUUGAAAACUUUUCAGCUUUACCUCUCUAAAGUUUGUAUUUUCACCUCAACAAUCUCCAAUUUUUUCAGACAUGCGCAAGCAUUUUCUCAAAUCUCCGGUGGCUCAACGCGUCGCCGAAGGAACCACUCUACAAUUGCCGUGCCAAUCACCGGAAUCCGAUCCCAAAUCUCAGGUACCUCCAUUUUUCUCAUUUCAAAGAACUUUUUAUUGCCAAAAAAGUUGUAAAAUGCACCAAUUUGCUCGGGACAUAAAAAACACAUGUUUUUUAGAUGUAAAAAUUUUAUCAUUUUUUUUUCUAUUUUUCGAAAAAAUCUUUUGUUCAGAGAACGAAAAGAUUCGCCACAGGUGUUCAAAAUUGCGACAUAUGUGGAAACAGAAAAAAGAGGGACAAGACAGGGAAAGAAAAUGAAUAAGAAUAAGUAGAUUAUAAUCAGACAUUGGAAAACAAUAAUGUUAUAUAAUUGGAGCAUGUGUCACUUUUUUUGAGGCGGGGGACAACAGUUUUUGACAAGUGUGACAUUUUUGUAGAUCAAAAAUAAAAGAUUUUUAGGAAUUGCUCAUAUUCCUAGAAAAGGAUUGCUCAUAUUAAUUCCCCCAAAGUCUGUUUUUUUCAGCUCACAUGGUACAAAGAUGGUCAAAUUGUUGCCGCAGAUUCAAAUAUUAUCCUUGCUUCUGAUGGUAGCCUAAUCCUUUCCGCAGCUCGACUUUCCGAUUCUGGAACUUAUUCCUGCGAAGCCACAAAUAUUGCGAAUUCUCGACGAACCGAUGGUGUUGAUGUGCAGAUUUAUGGUAAGUUCACACCUUAUAUUUCUUCUUCUUUUUUUUUUUCAAAAAAAAAGUUCCUAAACAAAAAACUGCUGCCGUUUUUUUGAAUAGCCUAUGAAUUAGUCACACCCCAUCACACGCACUUUUGUCUUUUAUUCUUUUUUUGCGACCUGGUGGCGGCAUUUUUAGGGAGAAACAGAAACAUAAAAGAUAGAAGGGUUGGUUACGUAAUCUGUGCUGCCGCGUGCAACUUUUUAUUGGCUCGCCUUGUUUUGAUAUUAAUUUUGUGGAUGUUUGAUGGGAAAGGACCUAGGAUGAGUUCGAAAAUAAAAAAAAUGAAACGUGACUUGUGACGUGGCAAUUUAGUGAAAUUUAUUAAUUUUUAUUUCAAAUUUUUUAUAGUUAAAAAUUUCAUUUUUUUUCCCGAAAUGAAAUCAAAUUCACUUGAAAACCACUUGACUUUACUUUUUAGUUCUUUUCCGUUUUUCUUCUUCCGAAAAAUAGGAAUGUUUCGAAAUUUUGAAGCAAUUCAUCAAAUGAGCCGAGAUGGAGCAAGUUCCAUUCUUAUCUAUGAAUUUGAUCUUUUGAGUAUGCAAAUUGGGCAAAAAUAAUAAAUCCUCUUGGCGUUUUUUGAUGGGUGACUUUUAAUGGUGGCGCAAUGACCGAAAACAUUCCAGGGGUGCAUUUUAGGAAUUGAAUAAUUGGGAACAACAUCGUAAUUCUACAGUAAUCUGGAAAUAAAAAAUGUUCAAAAUUUUUCAAUUAAAAUCUUAAUGAAUUUUUUUUCAGUUGACGGUGGUUGGUCUGAAUGGACUCCGUGGAUUGGCACUUGCCACGUGGAUUGUGCUCUUCUACGGCAACACGCUCAUCGAAUUCGCGAUCCUCACGAUGUUCUUCCACAUCAACGACGAACUCGAACUUGCAAUAAUCCAGCUCCUUUAAAUGGUGGAAUGUAUUGUAAAGGAGAUGAAGAAUCAACAAGAAAUUGUAAAAUUUCGUGCAAACUCGAUGGUGGAUGGUCGAGUUGGUCUGAAUGGUCCGCUUGCAGCUCAAGUUGUCAACAAUUCCGAACAAGGACUUGCACAGUUCCGCCGCCAAUGAAUGGAGGACAAACGUGUUUUGGAAAUGAUAUUUUGAUUGAAGAAUGUCCCGCACAAUCUUGUAAUCCAUUAUUGAACUCGAACUCGAAUUCGAAUUCGAACAAUGAUUUUGAGAGAUAUGUCAUCAGUGACACUGCUGUUUAUGGAUCUGUUGCAUCGAUUUUGAUUGUUGCCACGUUUAUUUUAGCAAUUUUUGGAAUAUUUUUCUGCAGAAAAUCUGAUAAAACACAAAAACCGAAGAGCAAGAAAAAUAGUAGAGAAGUUUAUUAUUCGGAACCACCAAGAAGAAUCAAUGGACCACCUUAUUAUGAAGUUUCUGGAACUGCACCACUUUUGAUUCAUCAUAGUAAUACAACAAUGAGAAGUGCGAAAUCAGCAUUCAGUGGAUAUUCUUCAACAAGAAAUGCUGGAAGUCGAGCAGCUCUUCUUCAAGAAUGUCAUUCUUCAAGUAGUUCUGGAAAACGAACAAUUCUUCGAACAAAUAGUUCAAAUUGUUCAGCUUCUGACGAUGAUAAUUAUGCAACUUUAUAUGAUUAUAUGGAAGAUCGAAGUGUAUUAGGACUCGACACGUCACAAUCUAUUGUUGCUGGACAAAUUGAUUCACGUGGUGCUAAACUAUAUCUUCCAAAAUCUGGUGCUAGAUUGGUUGUACCUGAGUUAGCUGUCGAAAAUGAGCAUAUGUUAUAUCUUGCGGUUUCAGAUACUUUAUCAGAUCAACCAAGUUUACCAAGUGAGUUAGAUUUUUGAAGCAGAAAAAUGAGCCUAGAGUAAAUCCACUUGAAAACCACUUGACUUUAUUUUACUUUGCUGUAGUUCCGCUCCAAAAAAGGGAGUGUUUCGAAAUUUUUUGGAGCCAAAAAGGAAGACUAUCUAAGAUUUUGAUCUUUUCGAGUGAAAUGCAAAUUGGGGAAAAAUAAUAAAUGACUUUUUUAAUGGGUUGCGCAACAAUUGAAGUGUUGGCCUAAAUUUGGCUCUAAAAAAAUGAAUUACAAUUUUUUUAGUGAAUGAAUCUGCACUCUCACCAGUUGUUGUAAUUGGUCAAUGUGAUGUAAAUGGUCCAAUCGAUAAUAAUAUUCUUCGUCGACCAGUUGUUGUAUCAUUCCGUCAUUGUGCUUCAACAUUUCCACGUGAUAAUUGGCAAUUUGCAUUAUAUUCGGAUGAAGGAAAUGGUUGGCAGAAAGUUGUCACAAUAGGCGAAGAAAAUUUGAACACCAAUGUUUUUGUGCAAUUCGAACAACCUGGAAAAUUCGGAGAUGGAUUUGGAUGGUGUCAUGUUAUGACUUAUUCACUUUCAAGGAUCAUGCUUGCCGGACAUCCACGUAGAAACUCUUUGUCUGCUUCGAAACGAGUUCAUCUUGCAAUUUAUGGGCCAAUGGAUUUGGCAGCUUAUCGAAGACCUUUUGAACUUCGAGUUUAUUGUGUUCCUGAAACUGGCGCAGCAAUGGAAAGUGUGUGGAAACAGGAAGAGAAUUCGAAACUUCUUAUGGAAUCCAGUGAUUUUAUAUUGAAUGAGAAAGGCAAUCUUUGUAUUUGCAUGGAAGAUUUGCAACCUGGAUAUAUUUCUGAAGGUCCUGAAGUUGUUGAGAUCUCAGAAACACAACAUCGAUGGGUUGCGCAGAAUGGAUUACAUUGUUCGUUGAAGUUUAGACCAGAAAAUCCGAGUGAAAACUUCAAUACGAGAGUUAUUGUAUAUCAGAAAUGUAGUGCGACUGAACCGAUGAUUUUGAAUGUUUCAACAGAUGAAGAAAUUUAUCGAGAAGCAGAUACAGAUGGAAAAAUGAAUAUGAACUUCAAUUUGCCAGUUAAUGUGAAAGAUGAAUUAGCAAUGUUGUUAGAUAUGCCAAAUGAAUUGAAAGAUUGGAGAGGUUUAGCCAAGAAAUUGCACUAUGAUAGAUAUUUACAGGUAAGAUUUGAAAAUAAAACCCAUAAAACAUUUUUUUAUAAUUUAUUCAGUCAUAUCUUUCAGUUCUUUGCUUCAUUCCCUGAUUGUUCUCCAACAUCUCUACUUCUUGAUUUAUGGGAAGCGAGUUCAUUUGGAUCUGCUCGAUCGGUUCCUGAUCUUCUUCAAACUCUUCGUGUUAUGGGUCGACCCGAUGCUGUCAUUAUUCUUGAACGUUUCCUUUCUCAAUAUCCGCCCAUUUUUUCACCAUAA